AUGGCUUCAGUCCCGCGAGCCAACGGGGUGCAAUCGCCCGCUAUAGGUGUUGGCCCUUCUUAUCGUCCAGAGGAGGAAAAACCUACAGCCACCGUCUCGAAAAGUGUUGAGCAAGAAAAUGUCCAUGUCUUACCCCAGACUCCUCAGCUGAUUGCUCUGUUGACCAUGAUUCGAGACAAGAACACCCAGCGAGCGGAUUUCAUCUUCUACUCCAAUCGAAUCAUUCGUCUGCUUGUUGAGGAGGGUCUCAACCACCUUCCUGUCGUGACACAUACCGUCACAUCCCCUGUUGGCAAGGACUAUGUUGGGGUAAAAUUCGAGGGGAAGAUCUGUGGCGUUUCGAUCAUGCGAGCAGGAGAGUCAAUGGAGCAGGGUUUAAGAGAAUGUUGCCGUUCAGUCAGGAUAGGCAAAAUCCUGAUCCAACGCAACGAGGAAACCAGCAAACCGAAGCUUUUUUAUGACAAGCUACCCCCGGACAUUCAGAACCGAUGGGUGCUGCUUCUGGAUCCCAUGUUGGCAACCGGUGGCAGCGCCAUCAUGGCCGUCGAGGUGCUAAAGAGCAAAGGUGUCCCGGAAGAGCGCAUUUUGUUCUUGAAUCUGAUUGCAAGCCCAGAAGGUAUUGAGAACUUUGCCAAACAGGUGCCCAAAGUGAGAGUGGUGACAGCUUUUGUGGACCAGGGUCUCAAUGAGCAAAACUACAUCGUCCCCGGCCUGGGAGAUUUCGGCGACCGUUUCUAUACACUGUGA